AUGCGCGAGGUGGACGAAGCGGUAUUUUUCUCAAGUCAGUGUGUCGAACGUACCCGCUUCUGGAUGGCCUCCGAAAGAGCCGACUGCUUUUUCGGCGCGAUGCGCUUGCCUACCUUGGGUUUGGCCUGCGUGGACGACUUGCCUUUGGCAGGUGUCGGCCGCUUGAGCGGCUUGAAGCCUUGGGUCAUGGCGGCGCCAGGGACAAAUGGGCCCAAAACUCGCCACCUUUUUUUUUGGCCACGCUUCUCCACUCACUUCGGCAUGUUCCACCUGCUCCAGGCAGGCCUGGAGCGCGUGCUGGCGCCGGAUCACUACGGCACACUGAUCGGGGGCUUUGUGUUGCUGCUCCUAAUACAUACAUGGGCGAAGGGCCCGUCGCUCCUUGCGCGCGAAGAGCGGCUUGAGGCGCAGGAGCAACGAGCCCAUGAGCGCCAUCCGGACGCACAGCCGUCAACCCCGCCGCGUCUGCGGGACAUGGCGGGGCGCGUAGUGUUGAUUGGCACGGGGGGCAUGACGCCGAUCGGUGUGGUGGUGAUUGCCAUGCUUGCGAACCAAGGCGCACAUGUUGUUGUACUUGUGCCGGACUUGGCCGCUGACGAUGUCGUCCAGAUGAUCCUGCUGCUGCGUGAAAGCACACGGAACGAGAAUAUCUUUGCCGAGUCGUGCGAUAUAGCUGACAUGCACUCGAUUUCCUCGUUCUCACAGCGCUGGUUCGAGGGCAAGCGCACGUAUGGACUGGCUGGCACGCCCACGUCCGAAACGCAUCGACUCGACGCCGUGGUCUUUCUGCCCACGCAGCAGGGCACGACGCCCAUCGGCGUUUCGCGGGACGAGUCCUAUACGUACCAUGUGCUGGGCCCCUUCCAUCUGCUUUCGACACUGCUCCCGAGUCUGCAGCGGCAGCCACCGAGUCGCGACGUGCGCAUCGUCAGUGCGAUUAGCCCAUGGUACGCCGCGGGUCUAGGCCGCUUUGGCACGAUUCAGCAGCCCUACACCAAGCCGAUAUUUGAGCCAUGGACGUUCCUGGGAGCAUCGGCCAUGCAUGAGCUCAUCCUCGCGCGCGAAUGGCAGCGCAAGCUGGACGCCAUGGCCGCGUCCGAUGCACGCCCCCCGACUAAGCUCCCUGGCAUCGACGACCAGGUGCCCCGCCUGCCCCGCAGUCAUAUCUCUUCCGUGCUGGUGUGCCCUGGCUUUGAUCUCGCAUCACAGCUCUCUGCCUUCUUUUCUACAGCACAAGUGUCUUCGACGGCCCACGCCAUCGCUCUAUGGGUGGUGUGGCUUCUCGUGUAUCCUCUCCUUUGGGUCGUCGGUCGUCCGACGCACAUGGCAGCCGAAGCUGUGGUCUGGGCCAUCUGCACGCGUCUGGCCAAAGAGUCGAGCACAGGCGGCAUACGACCCGGCCAGCUGUACCGCGAAGGCCGUCUUCUCGUGCCGGAAGAGCCUCGCUCCUGCCGUGGCGCAAGCGGCGCAGCCGCCCUGUGGACCUCGACGGAGGCGGCCGUUCAGGCGCGACUCACAGCCGCACCAAAGACACACUAG